CGGGCGGAGGCGUGGUGGACUGGGGGGGCGCAGGCUGCAGGCUUUCUGGAUACAGGCGCUUUUGCAUCCUAGCCGCACACAGUGCCUCUCCAGCUGCUCUGUGGCAGCCCAGCUACCGGUCGUGACCAGAUCCAGCUUGCAGCUCAGCUUUGUUCAUUCGAAUUGGGCGGCGGCCAGCGCGGAACAAACAUGCAGCGGCUCGGGGGUAUUUUGCUGUGUACACUGCUGGCGGCGGCGGUCCCCACUGCUCCUGCUCCUUCCCCGACGGUCACUUGGACUCCGGCGGAGCCGGGCCCAGCUCUCAACUACCCUCAGGAGGAAGCUACGCUCAAUGAGAUGUUUCGAGAGGUGGAGGAGCUGAUGGAAGACACUCAGCACAAACUGCGCAGUGCCGUGGAGGAGAUGGAGGCGGAAGAAGCAGCUGCUAAAACGUCCUCUGAGGUGAACCUGGCAAGCUUACCUCCCAACUAUCACAAUGAGACCAGCACGGAGACCAGGGUGGGAAAUAACACAGUCCAUGUGCACCAGGAAGUUCACAAGAUAACCAACAACCAGAGUGGACAGGUGGUCUUUUCUGAGACAGUCAUUACAUCUGUAGGGGAUGAAGAAGGCAAGAGGAGCCAUGAAUGUAUCAUUGAUGAAGACUGUGGGCCCACCAGGUACUGCCAGUUCUCCAGCUUCAAGUACACCUGCCAGCCAUGCCGGGACCAGCAGAUGCUAUGCACCCGAGACAGUGAGUGCUGUGGAGACCAGCUGUGUGCCUGGGGUCACUGCACCCAAAAGGCCACCAAAGGUGGCAAUGGGACCAUCUGUGACAACCAGAGGGAUUGCCAGCCUGGCCUGUGUUGUGCCUUCCAAAGAGGCCUGCUGUUCCCCGUGUGCACACCCCUGCCCGUGGAGGGAGAGCUCUGCCAUGACCCCACCAGCCAGCUGCUGGAUCUCAUCACCUGGGAACUGGAGCCUGAAGGAGCUUUGGACCGAUGCCCCUGCGCCAGUGGCCUCCUAUGCCAGCCACACAGCCACAGUCUGGUGUACAUGUGCAAGCCAGCCUUCGUGGGCAGCCAUGACCACAGUGAGGAGAGCCAGCUGCCCAGGGAGGCCCCGGAUGAGUACGAAGAUGUUGGCUUCAUAGGGGAAGUGCGCCAGGAGCUGGAAGACCUGGAGCGGAGCCUAGCCCAGGAGAUGGCAUUUGAGGGGCCUGCCCCUGUGGAGUCACUAGGCGGAGAGGAGGAGAUUUAGGCCCAGACCCAGCUGAGUCACUGGUAGAUGUGCAAUAGAAAUGGCUAAUUUAUUUUCCCAGGAGUGUCCCCAAGUGUGGAAUGGCCGCAGCUCCUUCCCAGUAGCUUUUCCUCUGGCUUGACAAGGUACAGUGCAGUACAUUUCUUCCAGCCGCCCUGCUUCUCUGACUUGGGAAAGACAGGCAUGGCGGGUAAGGGCAGCGGUGAGUCGUCCCUCGCUGUUGCUAGAAACGCUGUCUUGUUCUUCAUGGAUGGAAGAUUUGUUUGAAGGGAGAGGAUGGGAAGGGGUGAAGUCUGCUCAUGAUGGAUUUGGGGGAUACAGGGAGGAGGAUGCCUGCCUUGCAGACGUGGACUUGGCAAAAUGUAACCUUUGCUUUUGUCUUGCGCCGCUCCCAUGGGCUGAGGCAGUGGCUACACAAGAGCUAUGCUGCUCUGUGGCCUCCCACAUAUUCAUCCCUGUGUUUCAGCUCCUACCUCACUGUCAGCACAGCCCUUCAUAGCCACGCCCCCUCUUGCUCACCACAGCCUAGGAGGGGACCAGAGGGGACUUCUCUCAGAGCCCCAUGCUCUCUCUCUCAACCCCAUACCAGCCUCUGUGCCAGCGACAGUCCUUCCAAAUGGAGGGAGUGAAAUCCUUUGGUUUUAUUAUUUUCUCCUUCAAGGCACGCCUGCCACUAAGGUCAGGCUGACUUGCAUGUCCCUCUAACGUUCGUAGCAGUGUGGUGGACACUGUCUUCCACCGACUGCUUCAAUACCUCUGAAAGCCAGUGCUCGGAGUGCAGUUCGUGUAAAUUAAUUUGCAGGAAGUAUACUUGGCUAAUUGUAGGGCUAGGAUUGUGAAUGAAAUUUGCAAAGUCGCUUAGCAACAAUGGAAAGCCUUUCUCAGUCACACCGAGAAGUCACAACCAAGCCAGGUUGUGUAGAGUACAGCUGUGACAUACAGACAGAAGAAGGCUGGGCUGGAUGUCAGGCCUCAGAUGACGGUUUCAGGUGCCAGGAACUAUUACCAUUCUGUAUCUAUCCAGAGUUAUUAAAAUUGAAAGUUGCACACAUUUGUAUAAGCAUGCCUUUCUCCUGAGUUUUAAAUUAUAUGUAUACACAAACAUGUGGCCCUCAAAGAUCAUGCACAAACCACUACUCUUUGCUAAUUCUUGGACUUUUCUCUUUGAUUUUCAAUAAAUACAAAUCCCCUUCAUGCAAAAAAAUUAAAACAAUCUGUAGUAUAAAGAGACAAAAAAAUUCCAUAGAAGCAGAUUUUCCAGGCAUCUGCAGUUUCCCUCUUUUAGAAUCGGAAUUCGUUGGAACUCUCAUCCUUGUCUGGAUGGGAAUUAGCUUUAACAGAGAAACUACUUCACCCUCUCCUGAAAGAACAAAUGGAAUAUAUGAGUCUUCUCUUGGAGGCUCUUUCCACUCAAAUGCAGUUCUGGGGCUGUGCUAGCAUUGAUACUGUAACAAAACGGCUGAAGCAAUGAACUUAUAUAUUUAAAAAGUUAGGUUAAUUGGGUUCACCAUUUCAGGUUUCAGUCCUGAUCCCAUGGGGUUGAAACUAAGGAGAGGCAGCACAGCGUGGCAAGGGAAUGUGGUAGAGUCAAGCUGCUCCCUUUCUGGCUAACAGGAGAGUGGGCAAUGUGCAGUCUUGUGAGAAUGCCCAGGUCCUGGGGGGAAGGGAGUGCCCUGGACAUCACCUUAAAGGUGGAGACUUCUGCAGCUUUGGUUUUAGUUACUCUUCUGGGUGCUACAAUCAAACGCCCAACAAGAAGCCACCUGAGGGAUGAGGGUUUAUUUUGGCUCCUGGUUCAAGCAGGGAGUCCUUCGUGGCAGGAGUGCAAGGUUGCUUCCUGCAGUGUGGAGGAUCAGGAAGCAAAGAAAGAGCAAUGCAAGACUCAGCUUUCUCUCUUUCCCUGAUUAUUUAUUCUGGAACCCCAACCCUUGGGGUGGUGCCGACCGCAGUAAGAGUGAGUGUCCUUUCCUUAGAACCCUCUGAAAACUCUUGGCCUCAUAGAAAUGUGCAGAGGUGUGUCACCUAAAUUGUUCAAAUCCAUUCUGUUCCAAGACAUGGGAGCGCUAUGUGCUAAGUCUUCCACAUAAGAGCACCGAGUACCUCUUAAACGCCUGUAAAUCGCAUCUGAAGAUACCACAGUAAAGAGAUGUAAACAUUUAGGAAAACAAUAAAUGUAACUGAUGAAGUCACCU